UAGAUAGAGCCACCAAAAAUUAUUCUUUGCAUUUUCUUCCACAUUUCCCAAAAAAAAAAAAAAAAAUCAAUUCUGCUUGUAAAUCAAGCUUCCAUUACAAGCAGACAGAAAAAAAAAAAAAGGAAACUGCCAAUACAAAAAAAAAAACUCAAAUUUUAAUUUCUUGAUCCUUAUUAACCAUGGCAAAUGCAACAUCUGGAAUGGCCGUGCAUGAUGACUGCAAGUUGAGGUUUUUGGAGUUGAAGGCUAAAAGAACUUAUCGCUACGUCGUUUUUAAGAUUGAGGAGAAGCAAAAGCAGGUGCUUGUGGAGAAGGUAGGUGAGCCAGCCCAAAGCUAUGAAGAUUUUGCUGCAAGUCUCCCUGCUGAUGAGUGUAGAUAUGCUGUUUACGAUUUCGACUUUGUGACUGAAGAGAAUUGUCAAAAGAGCAAAAUCUUUUUCCUUGCAUGGUCUCCCGACACAGCAAGGGUGAGAAGCAAGAUGAUCUAUGCAAGUUCUAAAGACAGAUUCAAGAGAGAACUAGACGGUAUCCAGGUAGAGUUGCAGGUAACCGAUCCGACUGAAAUGGGGCUCGAUGUCUUUAGGAGCCGUGCCAACUAAGUAGAAGUUUUCCGGUUUCAAAAUGGAGAAUUUUAUGCACUCUAAAGAGUAAUGUUUCUAGUUCAUGGGCUGUGAGCUUGAUUAAAUCAUAAUAUUGGUUUGUUGUUUGAGUUUUAUCUUCUGAAAGCGUUCAGAUAAUUUUGAUUAUUUUGUUAUGUACUGAAGUUAUGCGAGGUCUGUUCUUUAUAUUUGUGUUUACAGUAUAUGAUGUAUCACCAUCUGAUGGUUGAGCAAACUGGGAUUUGUAUUUGUAGUUUGAAAAUGGCUGUGUUUCUCUUAUCCAA